AUGGCGAAGAGUGAGCUGAAGGACUAUAUGCUCCGCAAUGGGGGCUGUGUGACUCUGGACUGUGUCAAAUGGUCCUAUAAGUUUGACGCCCUCAAUGGUGACUCGCAGGGAUGGAGUGAAGCAUCGUUGGAGAUAACACCAAAAGGUGAGCUAAUAAUGGAUGGGGAUGCUGUGAUGAUCCCUAGUCUUCAGAAAUGCGAAGUCCAGUUGUUCUCUGAGCCUCGGGUGCUGAAAGUGAAAAGCCUGGAUCUGAAAACUGUGUUUAUUAAAGCCCAACAAUCUGAAUUCGAACCUUUGCUUGCAUGUCUUAUGGUAUGGCAGAACUUGAAACCACAAGGAUAUUACAACAAAUACUCUUUUAACAGGUCUAUUGUUCAUGACGAGAAUCUUCGAACCAAUGACUUACUGGUCUGUAGAUUUCGUAUUUACGGACCAGCUCCUAACUACAAGAAAGUCCAGCUCAGUGAAUUGCCAAAAACUCCAUUGUAUCCUUCUGAAGACAAACAAACGGAAGGAUGGUUUACAGCUAUGGGAUAUCUGAAGCACGAUGGUAUUUUGGAUUUGCUGUGCGAGAGUGAUGGCACAUUAUUGUACUCUGUUGAUAUUACAAAAAUUUACUGCUCUGAAAUUAGGCCUCUGCAUCAUUCUGUGUUCCAGCAGCCAAACAUCCUCUUUGUUGGGCAAAUAAACGAGCUCCGUCGAAACCAUCGGUAUGCGAACGAAAUUGAUAGCGAGGACGACUCUGCGUUCAUCCUGAAGAACGGAAAGUCCUUCUCAAAUAGCCACAGGAUUCUUGUUCAAUUUGAUUUAGGCAUAGAUCUGAGAGACUGGAUUGUUGCUCUCAAGACUUUCACCAAGAUGGAAUAUAUCGGAAACAGAUUUACUGAGGAAAGAAUGAGGCUAGUUAAAAAUUACAAGCUGGAAGUUGUUGAAGCCAAAUUCAACAAUCCUUCUCUGAACGAAAAUCUUCAUCUUUAUGUCGAGCUGCAUAUGUGGGGAGGACCAUGGUACAGAACUGCUAUCGUUAAGAAUUCGAAUCAGAAUCCAUUUUGGAAGGAAUUGUUUGAUCUGGACCUUCCUCCGUCUGCAGAGUUCUUCAAGCUCGUUUUGAAGUCAUCUAACAACAGCUCAGUCUACAAUCUGAUGGAGGAAGAUCCAGUGAUUGCAGGAGCAUUCGUAACACCCGACUUUAUGAGCGAGCCGCAAACGAUGAAGAAACUACCGCUUUAUGGCGAACAGAGCCACGAAAUUGGAUCCAUCACAAUCAACUUGAGUCUUAAAGAAGUCCAUAUCAUGUCAUACCAAAACUAUAGAAUGUUUGAGGGAAUGAUGAAAGGUAUUGAUGUGCGGGACCUUUUGCAAUUUGUCACCCCAUUGAUUGAGCCUCAGAAUGUGGACGAGUUGUCGCAAAUGCUGCUGGAUAUUUACCAAAGCGCCAAUAUGGAGCACGAGUAUUUUGAGCAGCUGGAGUCGUUCGAGCUGGAGACUCUGAAAAACUCUGGAUCAAAACGACAUUCAACCUCGCUCACUAAUAAUCUCAACACUCUGUUCCGCGGAAGAUCGCUCCUCUCGACUUCUUUGGAGAAGUAUCAGAUCAGGAUCGGUCAAGAAUACCUUGAAAAGCUGUUGGGAGACUUCAUAGCCCAAAUCUGCGCCGAAAAUCUGAUUUGCGAUCCGAACCCGAAAGCAUAUCCAAAUACCCAUGAGGAACACUACCAAAAUCUUCUCAACUACGUCGAGGAACUGUGGAACAGAAUUUUUACCACGUCCAAUGAUCUUCCCAAAGAACUCAAGCAGGAGUGGGGCCGUUUGAGAAGCAAGGUCGAGCAUUCCGUGGAUCCAUGCGAUACGGAGACUCCUCUGAACGCUCUGUGCUCGUUUAUCUUCCUCCGGUUUUUGUGUCCGGCAAUUUUGAAUCCAAAACUGUUCAACUUGUCGAAGAAUCACCAACUGGGAAGGGUUUCCAAGACUCUGACGUUGAUCGCUAAAGUUCUUAUGACGCUUGCAAACAGAUCACAGUUUGCUCCGCAUAAAGACCCAGAACUUCUUCGCCUGAAUGAGGACUUCCUCAGCAAACGGAACGAUGAGCUGCGCUUGUACUGUGACCGAAUAAGCGGGCGUAAAAUGGAUUUUACCGAGAAGAAACUUGAAAUGACCAAUACGAUGGGGAAACCCUCGCUGAACGCUUCUGAGGAAAUUUUGAGCGAACUUCCGUCCAGAUCAUUCCUGAUUGACAAGUACCUAAGACUUGCUGAGUUUGCUUCGCUUCUCGACUCAAAGAAUGCGGAAAAUGUAGUUUCAAAGGAGUCCAAAAGGAAGUCUGUCAUGAGCGAGCUGAAGCUAGAACUGCUGGGGCUGGAUGACACAGAUUUCGGAUCCAGAGAUUUCAUCAAGGCGUUGCUGGAAGACGGAGACGACGAACUCAACCAGCUGAUAUUGGAGAAACAGAGCAUAAAUCUGGACGAUUUGAAGCGCCAGGCGUCGGCCGUGGUAGCCAAAACUAAAGCUCUGGAGCAAGCCAUCUCUAGAACAGAGCUUCCGUCUGAUUUCACACCGGACUCGUUCAUAAGAUUUGUGAAUUCUAUCCUAAAGGCCGCCAGAAUAGAUCAGGAUCAUUGUGUGGUGUACGAUCUGAUAGGCAAUGAUAAUGGUAGCCUGGAAUCGUUCCUCAAGAACCGAAGACAGUCCCGAGACAGCCCUCGUGUGAAAUCUAAACACUCAAAGGACCAAAUCAGCAAGUCUGGCAGCGUCCAGUCAGUUUCUACGCUCCGCAAUAGCAUAUCGUCCGCCAGUCUGUCUUCUCCAAAGAGCACCUUCAAAAAGCUUUUCAAACGCAAGUCUAUGGCUUGA